AUGAAUGCACAUGAGUUCCGCAGGAGAGGGAAGGAGAUGGUGGAUUACGUGGCUGACUACUUGGAGGGCAUCGAGGGGCGCCAGGUGUACCCCGAUGUGGAACCUGGCUACCUGCGCCCCCUGCUCCCCACUGCUGCCCCCCAGGAGCCAGAAACAUUUGAGGACAUCAUUAAGGAUGUCGAGAAGAUCAUCAUGCCAGGGGUGACCCACUGGCACAGCCCGUUCUUCUUUGCCUACUUCCCCACGGCCAGCUCGUACCCGGCCCUGCUCGCGGACAUGCUGUGUGGGGCUAUCGGCUGCAUCGGCUUCUCCUGGGCUGCCAGUCCAGCGUGCACAGAGCUGGAAACAGUGAUGAUGGACUGGCUGGGGAAGAUGCUGCAGCUGCCUGCGGUGUUCUUGGCUGGAGAAGCUGGAGAAGGGGGCGGAGUGAUCCAGGGAAGUGCCAGUGAAGCCACCCUGGUGACCCUACUGGCUGCUCGGACCAAAGUGACACGAUGCCUGCAGGCUGCCUCCCCGGGGCUGACACAGGCCACCAUCAUGGAGAAGCUGGUGGCCUACGCAUCUGACCAGGCACACUCCUCCGUGGAAAGAGCUGGCUUGAUUGGUGGAGUGAAAUUAAAAGCGAUCCCUUCCGAUGGCAAGUUUGCCAUGCGAGCUUCCGCCCUGCAGGAGGCCCUGGAGAGAGACAAGGCCGAGGGCCUGAUUCCAUUCUUCGUGGUGGCCACGCUGGGGACCACGUCCUGCUGCUCUUUUGACAACCUCUUAGAAGUGGGUCCCAUCUGUCGCGAGGAGGACGUGUGGCUGCAUGUGGACGCUGCCUACGCGGGCAGCGCCUUCAUCUGCCCCGAGUUCCGGCAUCUUCUGAAUGGAGUGGAGUAUGCAGAUUCGUUUAACUUUAAUCCCCACAAAUGGCUUUUGGUGAAUUUUGACUGCUCUGCCAUGUGGUAA